UCCCCAGUCGCCCCGUGCAGACCCUUCUCGUGGCGUACGCGAAACGGCAUCGCACUCUAUGUCCGCGAUCACGGGGACGAGAAGUUUGACCCCGUUAAGUCGGUUUCGCGUCUCUGACACCUGUUGAGUACAGUUGUAAUACGCGACCGCGGCGUGUAUUCGGCAGGUAAUUAUUAUUGUAUCCGCUCAUUACUCGUGUGCACGCGUUCGUGUCGUACAGUACGACGGCAUAAAUAGAAAAAAAAAAAAAAAACUAUUAUCAUAACAUCGUUUGUAAAUAACAAAUAAAUAUAGAGAGGACGGAUAUUGUAUUUUAUAUUCGCGACGACGAUGACGAGUGCGUGGCCGUCAUGUGUGUAGUUGCGGAUCGAGUGUACUGUUGUUGGAUAUCGUCGUGUCGUGUUUUUUUUUAAAAUUAUUUUUCAAAAACCACUAGUUCACUGCAAUAAUUGAUAAUAUAAAAUAAUUUUGAUUUUAUAUGAUAUUAUCGUGCGUGUUCGUGUCAUGUCAUAUAAUUAAUGUGUAUCAAAAACGCGCCGUUUCGCAGCUCAGUUAUCGAAUGUAAUAGUUUGUUUCAACCGCUACGUAAUAUAAUAUUCGUCGUCGGUCCGGUCCAGUGCAGUUCGGCGGAGUUUCAAAUCGCGAAAUAGUUUCGUAUACGCGACCACUUUUGGUUUCCGGACACCUCAACGUCGGUUUAUAAUAUAAUAUUGUACACACCGGUCGAACAAGCAGCAACAAAAAAUGCCUCGAGACGGAGCCAAAGGCAAACACCAAUUUAAACGGCGAUUCAGUCUGCAGCCAUCAUCGUUUUUCCGCGAUGAUUCAUUGUCGUCAAACCACUCGUUAAACAGUGGUAGCGUUGAGGGCGGUCACGACCAGCUGCAACCACCAUCGUCGUCGUCCGACCCGGCCGACGUAACGCGGCACAAGAUCGUAGUGAUGGGUGCAGCGCGAGUAGGCAAGUCGUCGCUGAUCACACAGUUCCUGUACCGGAAGUUUUCGUCCAAGUAUAAGCGGACUGUGGAGGAAAUGCACCAUGGCCAGUUCACGGUGGAGGGCGUGAAGAUCGACUUGGAUAUACUGGACACUUCCGGCGCAUACGAGUUUCCCGCAAUGCGCGCCCUGUCCAUUUCGUCGGCAGAUGCUUUCGUGUUGGUCUACUCUGUCACCGAUCCUGAUUCGUUCCAACAAGCAGCCGCCAUCAGAGACCAAAUCAUCGAGACCAAGCACACGGCAGAUGUACCGAUCGUCGUGGUGGGCAAUAAGCUCGACUUGGCUAAUUCCGACCGAAAGGUACCGUACGAGGAGACGUCGUGCCUGGUGGAAGUGGACUGGGAAAACGGUUUCGUGGAAACGUCUGCAAAGGACAACAUAAACGUGGGUGAAGUUUUCAAGGAACUAUUGAACCAGGCGAAGAUCAAGUACGACCUAGGACCGUCGUUGCGGCGGAACUCGGCGCGAAGACAAUCAUUGCCGUCCGGCGGCGGUUCGGGACAGGGGUCGAUGGUGCCCACGCCGGCGCAACUUGCGCACCUGCAGAAAAAGGCGAGCGGCAAAGACGAUGGCGGUGGCGGCAGCGGCGGCGGCGGUGGAGGCGGUGGUAGAUCGAAACGCAACUCGUGUUCGAUAUCGUAAAAAGAAAAUUAAAAACAAAAACAAAAACAUCAAACGAAAAAUAAUAACUACCACUACUAUGUACAAGGCGUGUAGGAAUAUUCGCAUAUGCCUAACUACGACUGCGCAUUCUACUGCAAAUACUCAUAUACCACCCCACCAUUGAAUACAUAUUACAUAAUUAUUAAUUAUAUAUCUAUGAUUCCAACUACAAUUACUAAUUACUACUAUUACCAUUACUACUUCUGAAUUCUGACUGUACAUACUUCUACUUUUAUAGGUACUACUACUGCUGGUACUACUGCUGAUGCUCCUGGUGCUCCUGACAGUGGCAGUCAAAUGAUUUUUUCAUGGGGUGUGGGGGAGUGUGACAUAAAAAAUAAAACAAAAUUUAAUACUUUAACAUUAUAGUACAAUAUUAUACAUACAUUUAAUUAUUAUAAAUAUUAAUGAAAAAAAUCAUGGGGGAGAUCUAUCCCCUCACCCUCCCCCCCUCUCGCGGUUUGACCUCCACUAGCUCCUGGGAUAAUUAGCUAUAGUUACUAAUAGCGGUGCAAACACGCCUCGCCACGUUGAAAUUCUAAAUAAAUGAAAAUUUUUGGAUAAUAUUUUAAACGAACGUGGAAAACAACUAAAUAGAAAAAAACACAUGAAAUGAAUACGACGUAGGCACCAAAAUUAGGAAAUUUCAUCGUAUAGAUGGUAAUAACUGCAUGUCGAAUGUCAGUAUCGCUAUACACAUUUAAACAAUAUUGCGUGUACAGUAUUUUAUUAGUAUUCUAAUUACACCGUUGCAGAUGGAUAUUUUUCCGUUGUUAUACUUGACGUUUUACUUGGCUUAUUUAAAUUAAUUAUAAAUAUCGUAUACCUAACUCGUUUGACUUAUUAUAGACUAUUUAACCGUUUUAAAUGUUUAUGAUUUAUUUAUUUGAUAUAGUAAAUAUCUAAAUAUCUUAUAUGUUAGCCGUGUAAUAUAUCGUGUUUAUAACUAAUUCAAGGGCGAGGAGUGUUAAGGAGUCUAAUACUAUUUGUAUAUAAACGAAACCCAUAUUACACCUAAGUACGGGAAAGAAUAAGACACUUCGCGGUUCGUGUUAACGGCGAUAGGAAUACACAAUAGAAAUUAGACAUCCACGUGUCUUCGAUUUUUCGAGACAAAACACCAGCGCCUUUUGGAUUUUUCCUAUGGAUCGAAAGAUUAACACGAAAAAACAUAUAUGUGUAUAUACGUUGGUCGGCUAGCGGGUAUAAACUACCAGUAAAAAUCACUCUCUCUCUCUCUCUCUCUCUAAACGACAUUUCAGCUGGGUUUUUACACAUAUAUAUAAUAUAUAAAGUAUACACAUUGUAUUGUUCAAACUUCGUUUGCGGCUAUACCGCGAGUGUGAGCACAUAUAGCGAACUCGCGAUAGCUUCCGGAUUGUUGUGGAGAGAGAGAAAGAGAGAGGGAAAAAGAAAAAAGGAAAUUCUCUUUAUCUCAUCCGCGCAGAUGGUUUUUACGUGUACGCAGACUUACCUGAAAAGGAUUUCCUGUCUGGAAGUUUUCAGAGUUAACACAACUUGUAAACUGUAAAUUGGUCUCAAAAUCGGCACGAUUGCAGCUUCUGUAGCGUCGUCACUCUAUCGAGUCGGCAAAUUUCAUUUACGUAUAUAUAUAUAUAUAUAUAGUAUUAUAUACACCGCGUCGGCAGGAAGGUUUUAACGUCGCGCGUUCGUCCUCGUCGACAACCGUUACUGUUUCGUGAUAGAGAUACAUUAAUCUAUGUGUAAUUUGUUUUCAAUGUUUUAAAAAUGUAAGAUAUGGAUACGUUAUAUAACCCUGUAUAUUUAAGAAAAUUUAAAAGUCGAUUUAAUAUAAUACGAUUUCCGCGCUACACUAGUUUUCUAUAGAAUGCUGAAUGAUGAAUUUUUAAUAUCAAUAAUAAUAUUGUAUUAUGCUAUGUACAUUUAUCUAAAAUUUAAAAAGUAAGUAAUUAUUUUAAUGAUUCCCAAUGCAAAUUUCAAAUUACCAUAAUACGACUAGAUAUAGUUAUUGGGCGGUCGGUGGUAGGUAACAUAAUAUAGAGAGAAAAAUAACUUUAACCGAUUAAAUUAAAUGUUAUUAAAAAUGUUUGGUUCGAAUGCUCGCGAUAAAGUACCAAAAGUUUAAAUGACUAUAUUGAGCGUUAUUGUACAUUAAAGAUGACGUUGAAAUCAUUUACUCUGUUAUUAUUAAACUCGUAGGUAACGAUAUUGGCUGUAUUUUUUUGCUAUUUCAAUUAUAAAGUGAGUUUUAACUUAUAAGACAGAGACAAAAAAUACAGGAAUAACUCUUAAAAGUCCUCUUAAAAGGACGCCUCGCCCGCGUAUGUUUUUUCCAUCUUAAAAGUCUUACAGACGUACAACAAAGUACACUUAUCGUUCACAAUGAUCCACUUUACUCUGUUAUUUUUAAAUUUGUCGUGAAUUGACUUAUUAUAAAAUUUAAAUGCAAGAUUAUUAUUUAGGAUACCUCGGAAGCUUUUAUUAAAAUUUUAAUUUUGAAUCAAGUUUUGAUUAUUUUACGAAAAAUGUACUGUAGGUGUGGCGUCAAAAGUCUUAUCUAUAUGUUUUAUUGGUUGUGAUAUACUUCAGUGUGAAUAUGCAUGUAAUUAACAUAAUAAUAUAUUUAUUGUUGGAUGUAUGUGAUGUAAAAUUAAUAAUUACAUUAAAAUCUAUGACUCCAACUCGUUUUUUUUUAAAGGUGGGUAAAAUAAUGAGAAUAAUGUCAAUAAUGACACAAAAUGUAUUGUGUAAAUCUAUAUGUACACUAUUGAGAUACACAAUAUACUUAGAAUUCCGAAACAAAUUAAAAUUCGAUAUUUCUAUAGAGUGCCAUCGUAUCUGUCCUCAUUUGCUCGCCUACCUUAUUUACUUAUCAAAACAAUGUACUUCCUAAAAAAUAAUUUCCAGUGUAUUAAUAUUUGAAUAAGUACUGCGAUGAAAAUAGCUAAUUUGCCAGCUUUUAAAAUACAAAAUUGGUUUUUUUUAAGCUAUUUAGAUUUUUAAAUUAUUAUUAUUUACACAGCUUUUAUUUUGAACUUAAGUAAACCAAAGACUAUAGAAUCUAAACAUGAACCAUAUAAUUAAUACUUGUGGCUCUAAAACACGCAAUAAUUAUUGAAAAUUAUAUUUCACUGUGAUAUAUUGAUAAGAAAAAAAUUUUAAUGAUAAGUACAAAUACUGUGGAGGCGAAUGGCGAUAGACCCUUCAUACAAAGAACAGCCAUAACAAGUUUCCAUCAAAAAUGUACCUUUCACUUUUCCACCAAUACCCAUUUCGACAAAUAAGAUAUUAACUAAUUCCCGUUUCCACCGUAAAAUCUUUAUACCGCCGAUUAAAAUACAUGUAUUAUAUUUUUUUUUCAGUUUAAACUGUUUUAAGUACUUUGUUUAAUUUAGAUUCUGAAAAAAUUUUUCUCAAAAAUUAAAAACUUUUGAAAGCUGUUAUACAGUAAGGUUAUUUUAAAAUACAAUAAAAUAUUUAUAAACAGUUGAAAAGCUAAUAAUAAAAACUGUGUACUGUAUAUCAUAUACAUUUAUUUUAAUAUAGGUACCUGCAUAUAAGUACGCCAACAUUAAAUAAAAUUAAAAUCAUGUUGAUAUUGUGAUAAAUAAUAAUAAUCCUAUAACCCUCUGUCAAAAUUGUUAUGACGUUGUUACUUGAUAUUAUCAAAAUAUAUACAUAUUGUGCGCACGGGGGGACACCGGUUGUGCUUGGGCACCCCCAAAAUAUUAUAAAUAAGGCCCUAAAAUUGUAAUCCCAGAAAUGUAAUUUUUUUCUAAAAUAUUUUAAAUUUAUGUACCUAGAAAAAACCUUAUGUUAAAUAGCUAAAUGUUAUACAAAAGUUUAAACUAUAAAUCAUAAAAAAAAAAAUUUAAAUAUCAUGACAAAUGAUAUUAGAUUCAAGGAAAAGGGCCCAAAAAUGCUGUAGAGAUCCCCUGAAAUUCAAGUCUGUGCACACCUAUGAUUGUGACUUGCAUAAGUCGAAACACCUAUUGGAAAGUCAUAAAUCGUCUAAUAGGUAUAUCUGCAGCGUACCUGCGUAGAUGACUCGUUUAACUCCGGAUUAUUAAACACAUUUGGGUAUUAUAUUAAUAAUGAAAACAUUGAAAACUAAUAAAACUAAUCAAAGUUAAGACAUAAUAUUAUAUAAUACAUUAUUCGCAAAUUCGACGCAACGCGUGCCGUAUUAAUUACUCGUAAAUAUUAAUCUGAAUUGUCACUAUGCAGAAUAAUAAAUAAUAAUAAUAAUUAGGUAUUUUAAUAUAAGUGUUAUAGUCGAUUAUAUCAUUACAUUAGACGUAGGUACCCAAGUCGUAUUCCAUAUUAUUAUAUGUUAUAGUAUGUAUACUUUCGUUUAAAAACGUUGAACACAUUACAUAAAGCCACAGAGGAUAGAGGUAUCUAACUACAUACAUACUAUAGACGUGGUAUUAACUAAACGCAUUUAUUUAAACGUAGGUAACCCAUAAAUAUAUAUACCUAUAUAUACCUACGCGAGCGAAUUACGUUCUGCAAAUCUGGUUUUAAACGGUUUUUAUACGAUAAUAAUAAUAUUAUGAUACCUGCUACACCGCUGUUGAAUAAAAAUAUUUGUACAAAUACACGCGUCGUUAUUCGGGCAGUUAUUCGAAUAUCCUAGGCUGCUGCAACUGUAAACGCGGAAAGUCGAAUUAUAAGCAGCAACACAUUUCGCUAUUUUCAGCUGCGACUUUUAUUAAAUCGGCGAAUUACUUUAACUGUGUGUCUGUGUGUUCGCCGGACUCUGGCUGCGCAAUUUACUUGACUAUAAUAUAGUCACUUUUUACCGCGAUACAUGCGCACCUAGUGUGUAUAACUAUAGCAAGUUUAUAAUGAAUUAUUUUUAACAUGACAAAACGGUCGUUGGAAGUAUAUACCUACCUAACCGCAGCCUAUCCGGAAAAGUUUGUUUUAGUUUUUCGCUAUACGAAAUUAUGCGAAAGUGCCUUUAUUAUUUAUUUCAUACUUUUUCUAAUGUACCUCCUACCAACCUACCUAUAUAGUUUGAUCUUGGAAAAAAAAACACUUCGCCGUUCUAUAUAGAUGAUGACGAUAGCAGAACGCUGCAGUAUACCGGCUAAUAAUUAAGCUAUUUAAGUCGAUUUCGGAGUAAAAAUACAAAAAAAAUAUAAAAUAUAUAUCGAGUACUUUUUUUUGAAUUAUAUAUAAUAAUAAUAGUCUAAUACAAUAUAAGUAUCUUGUACAUACCUCCAUAAAUAAUUUAUUUUAAAACUUUAUAACUAUUUAUACUUAAAUACUCCUUUUAUCGUAUUUAUAGGAGUGACUUACACAAAAUGUCUGAUUAUAGCAGACAUGUGAAACUAAACAUAUUGAAUAAGUAAUUGAAAUCAAUAAAUUCUUCCUUUGCGAGUAAAUAAUAUAUUAUAUUAAUAUUAUUGUUAACUAACAGCUAAGAUAUAAGCAUAAAACUUGUCUUUUCACUAAUAUUUGAGAUGAUGGAUGAUUUAUAAUUAUGAGCUGGUAGACUGAAAACGCAAGACGCAGGUACUGAGUACACAGUACACGUAUACCACCUAGUAUCUACCUAUACCUACGUACACUGGCUGUUCAAGGGGGAGGGGGGAAUGAAAAUAAAACCAACCAUCCCCACCCCUUGUACACACCUUGUAGAUGUUAUUGGGUCAGCGAUAUACUAAAUUUAAAAAAACCAAAUCCCAAGGGGGGACGAUCCACCUAUCGCCCCCCUUAUAACCACCACUGCCUACGUAUUUACUGAUGUAUGUUUUCGACGUCGGUAAAAAAUAAAAAUAUAAAAUUACCAGCUAGUCUAGACUCAGGUGACUGCUGACUAGUACUUAAAUAAUAAAACACAUAAAGAUCCGUAAAUAUUUGUCAACCAAAAAAAGUAUGCAGGUUUAUUAUUAAGUUUAAAAUACCAGUGCACUGUACUGUGCAUUUAGAGGGGUCAAAAAUGUCUCCGGUGGAAAAAUUUAAGGGAUUUUCGAAACGGUAAUUUUUACGGUAUUUUUCGUAUGCGGCCAUGCGGGAGUUAUGAAUAUAAUAUGGUAUUUCAAUAUUUAAUUUACCUUGUAUUUGUUUAGCUCUGAGGCAUACAAAUCCUAUAAAUACAACAUACAACACCGAGUCGCGUGACUAUCAUCACUAUCAUACACCUUAUGACUUAUACCUUUCGACAAGGUAUAUCGUCGAAUAAAUAAGCUAAAAUAAUUGAUUUAAUAUAAAUAUAUAAUCAUUUUUACUGGUAAUUCAAAAUGUUUAUUUAAAAAAAUUAAAUCUAGUUUAGUUAAUAAAAAUUGUUUAAUAAAAGUACCUAGCUAUUAUUUUUUAAAUGUUCAAUUUAAAUGUUUGAGUAGAUACUUAGUAAAAAUCAUUUUUUCUUUUAUUAUUGUACUAUAUAUUAUAGAAAUAUUUCGAAAUUAUGAUUUUUUUUAAAUACUCCACUGCGGCACUGCCUGUACUAGAGCAUUACAAGUUUUUAUAUAAUUUAUUAAUUUAUAUGUAUUGUAAAUGUAAAGAUAUUUUCAAUCUUAAUUUUUAAAACAUAUACCUAAAUGUAUAAUAUAGGCAAUAAUAAAAAAAUUGAACACCUUAUAAGUUUUAACUAGGUAUGUCGAUUUUAACAGAAAUAUAGUUUGAAACAAACUAAUUACCAAACAGCCAACUCUGCUACCUAAUCUUACUGUAACCCCUCACUUUCUCUAUAUAGUAUGCAUAGAUAUACAAAUUGUUAUGAGUUUAAUCACCUGUCAAUAUUACUAUACUAUAUACGAACAGUAAUUAGCCAUUAGGACUCGAGUUGUUAUUUUUGAAUUAUUAGAUGGUCGUAAUCGGUAUUAUAUUAUUAGUAUAUAGAAGUGACAUUACAAUAUAAUCACUUACAUCAGUAUCCUCGAAAAUUGGAACAUUAUGGAUUCGGUCUCAUUUGUUUAAAAAUCGAACGAAAAAUUACAUCAAUAAAUCGAUUAGACAUAAAAUAUCAUAAUAUUAUAGUCAGCACAUUAUAAAUACAUAUACAUAUAGGUACCAUGUGUCAACUAACUCACUUUUCAUACUUCAGUGUUCAGUUGUACAUAAUAUUGAAUAUUUCCUACUUCAAACAAGUCCCUAGUAGCACAGUUAAAACGCCGUUCAACCGACAUGUAUGCAAAUAGAUAGGUAUCUAAUAGGUUAUUAGGUAAUAUCUAUACUGUAGAUGGUAUUUAAAUAUUCUCAAUCGAACGUACAGUUAUUAUAAUACCAUGAUUUUGACCAUGUAAAUUUUAAGUUUAUUAGUCACGACUGUACGAUAUUUUUUAAAUGUCGGACUUCUGCAGUAUCGAUUAGUUACUAUUUAAAUAGGUAUCUAUGUACCCGCAUAAACGGCCACACAUCAUGUGAUCACAUAUUGUUUAAAUACAUAUAACAUGGUAUUGUUUUAAUACAUAUUAUAACAUAUUAAUAUAUUAUUAACAUCAUUUUAACCAUGUAAAUAAUUAGACUGACUAUAAAAGAAUGAACUCAGGUAUACCAAAAUAUUGUAUUACCUAAAAAUUGAAAAGGUAAUCUCCAGACAUCCAGUGGUUCUACAUUAAUAACCAUAGUAAGUCUAUAGUAGUCUGUACCUAAAAUAAUAGGUAUAAAAACUGUGCUAAAAAGUAAAAAGGUAUUAUAAAAUUAUUAAUUUUGUUUGUUUUGAUAUAAGUACCUACAGUAUGUUUAAAAUGAUAAAUAAUAUUGUUAUAUGAAGCUUAACAGCUGUAUUAAAUACUGAGUAUAAUUAAAAUAAAUGUAAAUAUUUUAUUUCAAUUAUUGUAAUUACCUCAUGCAGUCAUGCGUAAGACUAUAUCCUAAUGCCUAAUUCUAUCCAAAAUCCAAAGGAAUAAAAUAAAUCAUUACAGGAUUAUUCAUUUUUUUUUUUUUGUCUUCUACAGAUGACUAACAUUCAUAAACCGUAGUCCAUAUUGUAUAGGAAAAUAUUUUUAGUGUAGAACCACUGUUCUAUUUUAAACAAUGCUUAAAUUCAAAGAAUUAAGAUUUUGUGUUUCUAUUUUAAGAGGACACCACACCUGAAUUUUCGUGACCGCUUUAUAGGAUGGUACUAGGUAACGUAUAAAACUACACUGCUGAAUGUUGAUUUGCAAAAUUUUAAUAUUUUAGUGAAAUUAACCAAUUAUUAUAUUAAAGAUAACAACAUUAUCUGUGAUCUGUUGUCGGUUUUGGUGUCUUCUACAUAUUAACUCAUUAAUAAAAAUUGUUUUAUAAAUUUAGCUGCUUGGGAUUUUACCAUCAUAACUAUUUUAGUGAUGUUUUUGUAUUAACAUUAUGCAGCAAGCCUAUGAUAUAAAAUUAGAAAUUAAUUUACACACACAAAUAUAUUAUAAGUAUGAAAAUGAACUUACUUAAAUUAACUCCAAUGAAGACUAUACCUUUGUACUUUUUUAACAAAAAACUGUGUAUUUUAGUGAGUGUUAUAUUAUUAAUUCAAAUUAUAUUAAAUAAAUAUACUUUAACAUUAUUGUUACUCUAUUUCAUAUUUUAUGAAUUAUCAUUAAUUAUAUUACCUAAUUGAAAUAUUUAAAUAAAUAAAUAUGAACAAAAAUUAUAACUAAUAAA